CAGUCGAAAUUGAUGCAAGCUGCUGGCUGUCUGUCUACAAAUUAUUGGUAGACAAACGCACCAGCAGGGCAGGGACAGGAGUAGAAGGUAGUGUAGGAGCAGGAGCAGUGCGUUAUGAUAGCGAUGCAAUAGCACCGGGCGGUACAAGUAAAUAUAUGUUGCGUUGCUCACAACUGUCACACAACGUUCCAUCGGCACCAUCCCAGGCCCCGCAGUUAGCCUAUAUGUUCCCGCGGCAUGUGUGUCUCGCAAAUGCGGCCCGUCGUCGUCGUCGGCGUCGUCCAGCACACGCGCCCGCACGCUGUGUGCGUGCUCAUCCUUGCGCCAGUAUGAGUAUCCGCUUGUACGUGUGCCUUUGAAUGUGGCUAUAUUUACUGACUCGUAGAUUGAUAUAGUGGCGUGGCGUGGCAAGACGAGAGACGAGAGACGAGUCACAGCCUCCCUUGCUUUUGCCCUUCUGGAAGCUGGCGGGUAUGACGAGCCGCGCGGGGUGGUAAACGAUGUACCGUGCUUCCGGAUAUUGUCCCCGGUUGCUGUCAGAACAAGACGGGUUCGGAGAGGAGAGGGAAUGCGGCGGUGCGGUGCGGGUGUACGGGGGUGAAGAUACUUCACAAGCCAUCAAUUAACAUCAUAGGGUGCGCCGAUGUUAAAUGGUAAUUGACUCAUUUCUGGCAAACAAGCACCAGAUAGAACGUGGCAUGCACACAGCCACACAGACACAUGCUCAGCACACUAACCGACACAUACAAACGCGCGCGCGCGAGCGAGCGAACGUAUCGAACGAAUCAUCCGAAUAAUUCCCGAUGCUGCUGCGACUGACGGUGGGAGAGUUAUUGAGGGAGGGGGUGGUGGGGAGAGGGCGGAAUGCAGAGGAAAGAGGCGAGCAGAGAGAAAUGCCAGAGUCGACGAAGCGUAUCCGCCUCAUCAUCAGACCCAAUCGUCAGCAGCAUCCAGGCAGCAUCGUCGGCAGCAUCCCAGGGGGAGAGGGAGAAACGCGCGGCGGGCCCCCCCUCUGGUCCGGCACAUAUUGUGGUAUUUCAAAAACGCAAUCGAAACGUUCCGAAAGGAACGUAGUAGUCGCUAUCUCGUGCUCUCGCUUUCUCUCUCUCUCUCUCUUUCUCUCUCACUUUCGCAUGGCCAACUUUUGUCGAACUUCGCAAACUGUUGUGAAAGGAUCGUGUCGGGAUCAUCGGGAAGAGCAGCAGCCGCCAGCAGGAGAGGAUAAUAAAGGCCAGAAAGUUUUCAAUAAGUAUGCUGAAAUCAAUGUAAAGUUAAGUGAACCUUGCAAGAGGUUUCGAUAAGCUUCCGUAGCGAUAUAACAAAUUCAAAUUCAAAUAAAAAUAAAACAUAAAACUGCCACAGUAGCGGUCGGUUCUAUUAAAAGGCACUUGAAUAAAUAGAGCGAUUCGGGAAGAUGAGUUGCCCUAGAUUGUUCAGGUGCAACAGAUAUCGCCAACUUGCCAAUCGAUUGACAUGUUUCACGGUUUUAAGCAAAUAUAUCGCUCCGUUGUUAUGGCGUGUACGCCUUAACAUGGCACCAUUUGUGGGUUUUCGAGUUCCGCUGCGAGUGUCCCGUAAGUUGUUUAUGUUGUUUUAAGUUGUUUUGAUACAAGCUAAAGCACAGAGGAAUGGCUUUGCAUUUGUUACAUUUGUUUAUGGUCUUUUAUUUGCUACCUUUCCUUUCAGACUCUCUGGAAAAUAACACAAUUCCUUCUCAAUCGUAGGAUGCCUUUCUACUAUGACCUGAUCUUUGAUCCCAUUAAUUGCGUUGAUACUCUUAUAAUCAAUCUGUUAUUAUCUGGCUUAAACACGAUUCCAAAAAGGAGUAUCCGAUAUACCCAGAACGAAUUAUACAUCAUCAGUGAUGCUACUGUUCAAAAUGUCCUUUCAAACUUGGAUUCCGUCCCCUCAUCCUCGCUAACAAAGAGCCAAAUUCAUUUCCGUUUGCUUGGGCAAGCAAUGUACAGGUCACGUCGAGGAAACUCGAGUGAGAGGCAUGCUCGCAUCAAGUGGUAUAACCCCUUUUAUGGUGCGUCCUCCCGGUGAAUCAUAUCUCUUACCCUUACCGCUACUCUCCAUAAAAAGGGGUUCGAGUGUAUUAGGGAGGGCACUUCUGCUGCUGCUGCUGCUGCUCCUGCCUCUUCUGCUACAGCAUCAGAAGAAGUUUGGCCAAUCGUUUAACGAGCCCCAGUGCUUUCUGUUCCUCCCUCCUCCACCCGGGACCACGGUAUGGCAUGUGUCUUGUACAAUUGCCUUGCUGAUCGAAAUCAGAAGCGAAACGUUGGCUGCGGUGGCGACGUGUAUGUGUGUGUAGUAGUAUGCCGAAACCGGCAGCGAAGGGAUGAUGAGUGCUUAUUGGCCUCCCGGAGGUUUAAUGAAAUUGUUAUUGACGAUUAUGACGAUGGUGGCUGUGGUGUGGUAUGUGAGGGCCUCGGGUGUGUGUUGGUGACGGGGACAAGUGCUCUGCCGCUCGCCCCUCAUACCUUGCACCGGUUGCGGA